GACCAUAGCCACACGCCAUGGAUCGUGAUUGUAGCUAAGUAUUUAGCACAGUGGCAUAGUGAAACAAAUGGACGAAUACCUAAAACGUAUAAAGAAAAAGAAGACUUCAGAGAUUUGAUUAGACAAGGAGUUUUAAAGAAUGAAAAUGGGACUCCAGAAGAUGAAGAGAAUUUUGAAGAAGCUAUCAAAAAUGUGAACACGGCACUAAAUACAACGCAGAUCCCAAGCAGUAUUGAAGAUAUAUUUAAUGAUGAUUGCUGCAUAAAUAUCACCAAACAGACUCCAUCAUUUUGGAUUUUAGCUCGUGCCUUAAAGGAAUUUGUGGCCAAAGAAGGUCAAGGAAAUUUACCUGUUCGAGGCACAAUUCCUGAUAUGAUUGCGGAUUCAAGCAAAUACAUAAAACUACAAAAUGUUUACCGUGAGAAAGCAAAGAAAGAUGCUGCUGCUGUGGGUAAUUAUGUUGCCCAAUUGCUGCAGUCUAUAGGCCAGGCACCAGAGUCCAUUUCAGAGAAAGAAUUAAAAUUACUCUGCAGCAAUUCUGCAUUUCUUCAAGUGGUAAGAUGUCGAUCCUUAGCUGAAGAAUAUGGCUUAGAUACAAUUAACAAGGAUGAAAUUAUUUCCAGCAUGGACAAUCCAGAUAAUGAGAUAGUAUUAUACUUGAUGUUACGGGCUGUUGAUAGAUUUUAUAAACAACACGGUAGAUAUCCAGGUAAGAAUAGCACUCAAAUUAUCCAACACAAUAAAAUCUUGAAUAAAUACUUAAAUUGAAUUAAAUCUUAAAACAUUCUUGGGGUGUUUAUAGUAGUGGUGCUUGAAUUUUACAUUGCGAACAGUUUAUACCUAAUUCAUCUCAGUGAGGAAAUACCAUUUGUUUUUUAAGUAAAUAUUUGCAAGUAGUGUUUGAUUCUAAACCAUUACAUGAGAAUGUUGGUUGAAUGCAUAUGGAAUAAAACUUUUUUUUCCUGUUAGUUUCCAUAGUUUACUUUCUGAGACUCACCCUGAGUUGAGUGUAUUAUUCCUGAGUGGAAUGGGAAAGCCACAAGAAGUAUGCCAGUGACUUCUGAACUCAGAACUUUGAAGAUGUGGGGAUUUCUUUGCUCAAGAUCUGUUUUUUUUGUUAUCUGUAAACAUAAUUGGGAAAUUGGCAUUAUGUCAGAGAUCUUUAGUUAACCAGAAUGUUUUUAUUAAGAUGAUAAUUGGGUGGGAUUAUUGCAUAGCAGCACAUUCUAGGUGUAUCAUAGAACCUGUUGCCCCAACUGAUGUAGUAUGCCCACUGAAUUAUAGUCUUAGUGAGCAAGGUUACCAGAAGAAAAGGAGUAAAUACCAAAAUAUGUAUUGCUUUAUUUUUAUUAAGUGGAUUAGAAUGUAUUUCUCAUUAUCUGUUUCAUAACAAGCCAUCCUAAAACUUAGUAGUUUAAAACAAAUUACUCUGUCAUGUUUUUGUGGUUUGGCUGGGCUCAGGCAGUUCUCAGUGGGGUGAGGGGAGUCUCAUAAGAGUUGUAUGAUGCCUGAAGCUGGCAUCAUUCUAAUGGGUUGAUUGAGCUGAACAUCCAAGAAAACAUUUUUUACUCAGGUGUCUGGUACUUUAGUCAGGAUAGCUGGAACUGCUAGGGGCUGAUAGGCAUCUCUGUCUAUGGCUGUCUGGGACUUCCUUAUAACAUGGCAGUCCUGGGUAGACUUAUUACAUGGUAACUAGCUUCCCCAGAAUGAACAUUCCAAAAGACUCAGACGGAAGGUACAAGACUUUCUAUGACUUUGCCUCUGAAAUCACACAGUAUCACUUAUGUUGUGUUCUGUUGGAUUCCCAGGGCCAUCAUAGUUUAGGAGUGAGAGUAGACUACAUGAGGGCAGGAAGGGGUGUGCACUGGGGAGCCAUCUUGGGAGUCUAGUUACCACAUGGCGUGCAGACUUUGGAGUUAAACCUAGGUUCAAAUCAAAGCUCUGUCACUCAACUGUCUUUUUACCUUGGGUGAGUCAUUGUUUCCCUCCAAGUCUUAGUUCUCUCAGUCACGGAAUGGUGAUAAUAGUGUCAAAUAGUAUCUACUCUGUUAGAUUGUAAGG